AUGCAGGCUAUCUUCCCCUCAGAUAUAGAACGAGAACCCUCAACACCCAACCGGGAAGGAGGCAUCAACAAGCCUGCUGGAGCUGCCUUCUGCUCGCCUGCAAUCUGCAUGCCACAGCAGCAGCAGCAGAGCAGCAGCAGCAGCAGAAUGGGAUACGGAAAGCCGGAGACAAACACCUACGAACUCAUCAAGGCUCCAGGCAUCGUCAGACCUCUCUACGAUAUCAUCACUCCCGCUCCCCAACAGACGUCUCGCCCGCCGCUGCCGCCUCGUCCGCAGCAGCCUCAGCAGCAGUUUCCUCUGCCGCCGCAGUUACUGCAGCAGCAGCAGGCACUACGCCUACAGCAGCAGCAGCAGCAGCAGCAGCAACAGUAUUAUACGGGGCAGUUGGCUGCUCUUGGGGGCCCCCGCGUAGCAGCAGCAGCAGCAGCAUUGGAGGUGACGAGAGAAAGUUGGUUCGAAGAUCUGCAGCAACAAAUGAAGAGAGAAGAACUGCAGCAAUACGCAGACACUGCACCUCCAGCCUUCUCCUCCUUCGCCUCUGCUCCGGGUGUCUUUGGGGGGGGCAGACUCCAGCCGACUGCCCGCCGCCUCAAGGCCUCAGUACUGCGGGAAGAAGCAGAGACCCAAGCGUAUGCAAUGCCCCGCUAG